UAUGAAGCUGGUUCCGUUGGGUGGUGGCUACAAACUUUUCUGUUACUCUGAGAGUCGCUGUUCGCCCAACGCUGGAAUGCGCAAAGGGCGUGAAAAGUCGGCUUGAAAUAUUGAUUAGUUUUCGGUGUUUGGGCGAUUAGACGCGUUUUAUACUUGAAGUUGGGUGGCUAUUUUCGAGAAACUUGGAGCGGCGGGGAUUGUCUGGCCAAGUGUUAGCGAGUUGCACGGCAGCUAACAAGUAAUUAGCCAGGAAGCUAGCGAGUAACUGAGCGAGAGAGCGCCUGGAGACAUCGCGGACCAAUGCAGGCCAUAAAGUGUGUCGUGGUUGGAGACGGGGCUGUUGGUAAAACAUGCCUGCUGAUCAGCUACACCACCAAUGCAUUUCCCGGAGAGUACAUCCCCACAGUAUUUGAUAAUUACUCUGCAAAUGUGAUGGUGGAUGGCAAACCAGUCAAUCUGGGUUUAUGGGACACAGCAGGACAGGAAGACUAUGACAGGCUCCGUCCUCUCUCUUACCCUCAGACAGAUGUGUUUCUGAUCUGCUUCUCCCUUGUGAGUCCUGCCUCUUUUGAAAAUGUUCGUGCAAAGUGGUACCCAGAGGUGAGACAUCACUGCCCCAACACUCCAAUCAUACUUGUGGGAACCAAGCUUGAUCUGAGAGAUGACAAGGACACCAUUGAGAAGCUGAAGGAGAAGAAGCUUACUCCUAUCACCUACCCCCAGGGCCUGGCCAUGGCUAAAGAGAUUGGAGCUGUGAAAUAUCUGGAAUGCUCGGCCCUGACACAGCGUGGCCUUAAGACGGUGUUUGACGAGGCAAUUCGAGCCGUUCUCUGCCCACCCCCUGUGAAGAAGAGGAAGAGAAAAUGUUCUCUGCUGUAGCGUGAGCAAGGCCUACAAUCCCAGCUGUAUUUUGAGGGAUAGGAAUGAGAUGGCGUACUUGUUCCCAUGUUCCUCUUUUCUUUUCCUAUUUUCAUUUUCAUUUUUUGUUGUUGUUGACUGAGUUUCUAUUCUCACAAAAUUGAACAUAAUCUCUAGAUGUAGGAGCAGGACCUGAUCACCUCAAAUCGAUGUUCACUUAGACACACCCAUAUUGAUAUUAACAUGGCCUUUCAACAGAAUUGAUUUAUUUUUUAUUUUUUAAAAAACACUGAACUUUUCCUGUAGUUCAUUUUCUUUUAAGAGCCCUUGUGGUUUGUUUACAAGUCAUCGUCUGAAUGAAAUACGUUUUGCCAAAUAGCACUACGUUACCCACUGCAUACACUACGUAAAUUCUGUCCUUCUCUUCUAAAGUUUGUUGAACAACAGGCCAUGGUUAUGCACGAUAGAAUACUUGAGUACUGUUCUUUUAAACAAUUUUACUAGAGUCACCUAAUACGAGUAUAUCAGUACUUGUCACUGGCUACAUGUUUGUAUUAAAGUCACUGUCUUGCGUUUCAUACUGUAAAACAUUAGACCCGAAUAACAGUGCUAGCCUAGCUUCAGUGUUGCUCAAGUGCUUCCUCAUAAGCACAGCUAUACCUCCUCUUUAUAUGGUAAAUGAUUAUUCCCAGUUAAUUUCCUUUAAUACCUAUAACCCUGUCUGUGUAUCCUCUCUAGAUAAGUUCAGUCGCAGUCUAGAGAUUGCGAACUCGGCUAGGGGAUUCGAACCAUCUCAAAAUAAAACGCUACGUAGGGCGAUCAGAACCCUUUAAUGGUUUUAUAGCCUGUAUAAUGAACCUUAAACUUGUAUUAAAAUUAAAUUUUUAAUUUUUUUUUUAUAUCUAAUGUUAAAAGAAAAAAAGGCAACACUACUGUUGGAUUGUGACAUGAAAGGAAUUUAGCCUUUUUUUUUUUUCCACUUUAGUCCUUGUAUUCCCUUCAUAGAUAAUCAUAUUUGUAACUAAACUUUUACUUUGUACACUAACAUUUAACUGUCCCUUCUGUCAUCUGGAUAGUAUGUUUCUGACAGAACUGUCAAUGCAGAAUGACUUUCGGAGCUUUUGCAUACUUCCUUUAAUUUGUCCCUGAAUCCAAGUAUACAAUGUGCAUUUGCCAUCGCGAGUCUUUGUGCACAAUUAGAGCCAAUGUCGUAACCUUCCCCCCCCCCCACUUACGGGAUAUACCUAAUCACUUGUUUUUGGAUAAAUGGUGACAGAAAUAAAGCAGAAUUAAAUGUG